UGAAAGUACGCAUGUUCAGGUAAUACCAGCUAACUGCAAAGGGACAAAGAUUCCUCACUGCCAUCAUCCAUGAUGAACUUAAAAUGGAUACUUCAGAUCUUGCUAUUCAGGUUACAGGAAUCUGAUAAGAUUUGCCCUGGAAGUUUUGCAAAUUGAUGUCUUCCAAACCAGCCCAGUGAUGGGUUCCACAUUUCAGUGGGUGAUGAAUCCUCACAUCCUUAUUUUCCUACAGAUGAUUCAUUUGGUCACAGGCCAGUUUAAAAUCAUUCCUCCUGACAAUCCUGUUGUGGGAGUCAUUGGAAAAGGAGUCAUCCUGCCCUGUCAGCUGAAAGCUAAGACAAUCUCUGAGAGACUUUCUGUCCAGUGGAUAUUUACUACAAACUCUGAAAAAAUUGAUGUGAGCAUUUAUGAUGGAAAAAAUACCCAAAAUCCAGUUACUGAAGACAAGAGAUACCAGGGCAGGACAAAUUUCUUCCAUACUGAAUUUAGUAAGGGAAAUGUGUCUCUUUACCUGAAGAAUGUCAUGGUCUCUGACAAAGGGAAAUACACCUGCAGCGUCUUUUUUGAGAACUGGUAUGAUGAAAUGGUUGUUGAACUGAAUGUGGCAGCUGUAGGUGAGAAGUCUUCUGUUUUCCUGGAUGGUCAUGUGGGUCAGGGCAUUGGCCUCUCCUGCAAGUCCCAAGGAUGGUUUCCAGAGCCCAUAGUAGUAUGGCUGGACAGCAAAGGAGAGAUAUGGAAGGAGAAAGCAACCACCCGAAACGUGGAGACAUCUUCAGGCAUUUUCAAUGUCAUAAGUUCCGUGAACCUAGAAUCCAGAUCUGACACAGAAGUAUCCUGCAGAGUAGUCAAUGACCUACUCAACACAACACGUGAGUCUCGAGUCUUGAUUUCAGAUGCCUUCUUUCCUUCCACUUCACCUUGGAUGACUGCCUUCCUUGUAAUUUUGUUUCUAAAUGCAGCUGUUAUUGCUGCUGUAGCUUAUAAACUGAAGAGUAAUUCUAAAAGAACACUGCAUGCAAAAGAAAUGAAGAAGACCAUGGAAGAAGAAAAAGAAUGUGUGAAGGAAGAAUUAGAGAUACAGAAGAGAACAAAUCAAGCAGCAAUGGAUGAGAACAGACAACGUCUUGAUCGAUACGAGGUUGAUUUGGAUUUCUGGGAGUCUCAGAGCCAUGCAGUACCCAUUACCAUGAAUCCAGACAGCCAAGCCUUAGAGCUCCAAGUGCCUGGAGCGCUGGACCCCAAGAGCAACACCACCUCUGAAUCUGCUGAUCUGAGCGCUCCCUCCACAGUCCGCAUCCUCGUGGGGCAGGGAGGGUUUGCAGCCGGGAAACACUACUGGGAGGUGGAGGUGCCGCAGCAGCAGGACUGGGUGCUGGGGGUAGUGGAGGAGAAAGGGAAACAUGCCGCGGGAGGUAUACUUCCCAUGGAGGACUACUGGGCUCUGCACAGAUCCCAGGGAGAACUUGUCUCUAGCAAAGCAGAUGUUAGGAUUGAGAAGCUGCUGGAUUAUUCGGUGAUUGGUGUGCUUCUGGACUUGGAGGAAAGGCAAGUCAAAUUUUAUGAAGCAGUGCAGAUGGUCCUCCUGGUAACAAUCCCUAUAAGCCUUGGAGAGGAAGUUGCAAAAAGGUUUUACCCCUUUGUACCCAAGAGGGAAAGUACACUCAAACCUUUUGUUCUCCGCCCAGUCAGAAUUCCUGUCCCAUUAAAAGCUCUAUGAAUAGGACUGUGAGAUGAAACGGAUUAGAGAAAGACAGUUCAGUGAGAAGAAGAGGGGGAAAUUUAAGAUCUCAGACAUCAGUAGUGUAAAAUUAAUCCAGAGGAAACACGCGGUGGAAACAAAAAGAAAACGAGAAGAAAACAAGAAAGGAAAAAAAAUCGGAUAAUGUAAAUAAUUAUGGAAUCGAAGUCACAAAACCCUAAAUAGAUGUCUGAGUUCCCAUUACCGGUCAAGAAAGUCUUGCCCUUACAGAAGUGGUUUUAGUUAACUGAAGAAAGACUCGCAAUCUAGGCGGUGUUGUAUAGCCUGCCUUGCCUUCUGCUCUACUCCAGAAGGGUUUGCAUCAUCUUUAAGUCCUGUGUCAUAACUGCUAGCCCAAUGUCUUAGGUAGCCUAAUGCAUGUCAAACAGCACCUGUCUUUAGGCUACCUAAGUUUUAUGCAGUGUUUCACCUUUAUGUUCAAUUGAAUUCCCUCUUGAAAGUUAGCAGAAUUCUACUUUCUCCCUAUCAAGAAAAAAAAUAAAUUUGUUUUGAAGUAAAAGA